GGAGGAGGAGGAGGCGGGAGCCGUGCCCAACGCAGAAGCUCCGCGCUCGGAAUGGCGGCAGCGAUGGGGCUCCGCGCCGCUCUGUUCGACCUCGGCGGAGUGCUGGUGCAUCCCUCCCCGAACGUCAUCUUCGGCCAGGCCGAGGAAGCCUUGACCCUGCCCAGGGGCUUUUUAAACGAAGUCAUUGCUCAAGGAGGCCUUGAUAGCCUUUACCAGCGCCUCAUGAGAGGAGAGAUCACAUUUUCACAGUGGAUUCCUCUCAUGGAAGAAGAUUGUAGGAAGCUUUCUGCAGCCUCUAAUUUCUGCCUCCCAGAGAAAUUCUCUAUACAGAGAAUCUUUGAAGAUAUAUUUUCAAAAGCAAAGAUCAAUUACCCUAUCCUUCAGGCUGCCAUCACUUUGAGAAAUAAGGGAUAUAAAACCUGCAUCCUUACCAACAGCUGGUUGGAUGAUAGCCCCCAGAGGGAUACUGUUGCCCAGUUAGGAUGUACCCUACGCAAACACUUUGAUCUAAUGAUAGAAUCAUGCCGAAUUGGAAUGGCAAAGCCAGACCCAGAGAUUUAUAAGUUUGCCCUGGAGACAUUGAAGGUGGCACCACAUGAGGUGAGUUGA